UCUGCCGUGCGGGCUGGGUUUAUAUAUAGCUCCACCACCGAGCACGGCAAGGCAAAUGCGAGCACGACCCCACCACGCACAACGCGCACUUCUUUCGUUCUCCUUCUUGUCUCUCGUAGUCCCAUCCAUUGGCCGGCUACCUCCUCCAGUUCGAGCUGCUCGUACUCGUACAUGACAUCUUGCUUGUUACCUACUGCUACUUGUUCAUAUCCGUCCUAUAAAGGUCUCGCCUUUCUCCUCUUCCACUACUCCUCCGAUUCGGCGGCGGCGGCGGCGGCAUGGAGGUGCACACGGCGGCGGCGGCGAAGCGGAUGUGGAGCUACCUGCGCGCGGUGUUCUUAAUGAUGCGCAAGGGCGUGCUCUCCAACAAGCGCAAGUUGCUCGUCGGCAUGCACCUCCUCAUGAAGCGACGCAACAAGGCCGUCGCGCGCACCGUCGCCAACCUCUUGUCUCACCACGGCCACCACCACGGCGGCCACGGCAACGCGGUAGUUCGCCGCCGCGACUACGAGUUCUCCUGCAGCAACAGCCCCAACCCCAGCUCGUUUUCCUCCUCCAGGCGCCGCCUCGCCUACUUCCCCUGCCUCGGUGCGGUGGCCGAGGAGGAAUCUCUUGCCGACGCCGCCUCGCCCGAGCCCGUCGCCAGGAUCGAGUACUACGCCGCCGCGGCCUCCCCGGCGCCGUCGUCUCCAGGGCUCCUGCUGCAGGAGCUCGCGCCGGGGGAGGAGUACUGCACGUCGCCCGCGCCGGGCGCCGGCGGCCGCUUCUCGGUGCGCGUCUCGAACUACUCGUCGGAGGACGAAGGGUGCGGCAGCGAGGCCGUGGACGACGAGGCGGAGGAGUUCAUCCGUCUCUUCUACGAGCAGCUGCGCCGCCAGAACACGAUCGCCAUGCUCCCCUACCUGCAGGCAUCCGCCGCCUGAUCACGCCAGCCCUCCGUGCCGCACGCGCGCGCAUCGAAUCGCAUGCAUGCACAUGGCCAUGUGAAUUGAUCAACCAUGGGCGCGCGCGCGGCACGGAACUUGGAUGGAUUGCUUGCUGUGCAUGCAUGUAUGUACAGUGUAUAUACAGUGUAUGUGCCUGGCGCGAUCCGGCGGCGGAUGCCUGCAGUGUAUGUACAUAUGUUUUUGUAGGUAUAUGUACGUAAUCGUAAUGUGAAGGAAGAUAUAUAUGAUCUCGAGUCCCAGUGCAUGGUUUUGGUUGCUGGGACUGACGAUGCAAGCUAGCUGUAUAGGUUUCAGUUACAUUGUACUCGCUUCAGUUCAAAAUAAAUAUAUUUUGUAUAUGGA